AAUAUUGCAUAAAAUACAAUUCAAUAUAAUACAAUACGACUUAAUACGGCGUUACAAACGAGCCCUAAAACAACUACAUAGUACAAUCUGAAAAUAAAUUAAGUAUAGUCUAAACCAUCGUACAUUGAUACCCCCAACACUUAUUUUUGUAACUAGUUAGUCAAAAAAUUUACUUGUUACUUUUCAUACGAUGAGUGUAGAGAGAGAUCGAUCCAGGCAUGGCAUGGGGCCGGUGGAAAAGCGUGAGGCGCACGCAUAUAUCCGACGUGCGAAUGAUAUAAUUCAUUAUGUCCCGCCACCACCACCACCACAACCAUAAUCUCUUCUUCAUUCAAUUUUCAAUAAUAAUUUCUUCUAUUGCGCCUCUAUGGCUAACCUGCGCACCAACAAACUACUACGCACCACCAACCCCAUAACACCACCUCCCUCACCCAUUCCCACCGGCAAAGGCUCUCGCUCCGCUUCCAACGACUCCUUCGCCCGAUUUCUACACCACUCUCUUCGCGUCCCCGGUCUCUUCUUACCACCUUCUAUUCAACCACUCCCCGAUCUCACUCCUCCUCAGGUCCUCCAUCUCCGUGACGAUGACCACGAUCGGAUUCGAGAUUCGGUUAAGGAUUUUGGGUUGGUUCGGAUCGGCGGUCAUGGGAUUUCUGUAGAUGAGUUACGAUCGUUGUUGAUUCGUGGUGGCGAGUGGAAUGGGAAUCGGGAAGAGGAGAUGUUGUUGUGGGUUUCUUGUUCUCCGACUGAAUGGACGGAUUCGGUUCGGGUUCCGAUCGGGGACUCCAGCAGAUAUCGGGUACUAAGGAAUGGAGUCUUCAGGAUAAUUUCAAGUGUGUGACAGAGAAAAUGAUUUUUGUGCCAGAUGAAAGCUCAGAUUAUUCUUUCUCCAUAAAACUCAAUUACUUUCCUUCAAAUUCAAAUAUUGGUAAGAGUAAGAAAAUCUCCAUUGGUGAUCAGAUCGUUAUUGCAAUCAUCAUUACUCUCCUAUACAAAAUUUUGAUGUUCUUAACAUCAAAGAUUUUCGGAGCAUAGUUUUGGGCAUAUAUAUUUUUUUUGGUGGUGAAGGGUUUGGUUUUCAUCAAUUUAUUUUCUUUUUCUUACUCUGAAAAUUAAUUUUAUAGAAAGGGUCCCCUUUUGAUGUGUUGGGGAUCUGUGAAUGGCAUGGCUUGAAGGAUUGAAUUGAGUGAAAGUUUGGUUAUACACACACACAAUAAAAAAAAAAGACUUGUACAAAUCUUCAUGGACCUAAAUGUAAAAGAAAGAAAGAAAA